AUGAAUGCCCUGAUUUGGAAUAUAAGAUCUGUGAAUUCCAUGGAGGCUUUUACAAGGUUGAUACAAAUGCAGAACAAGUACCACUUUGGUUUUAUAUGCUUGAUGGAACCAUUUCAAGAAGUUUCAAAAUUGGAAAAUUACAGAAGAAGAAUUGGUUUACAACAUGCCUUGGCUAAUUGCUCAAGGAAAAUUCGAGUGUUUAUAGAUGAUAUAUUUGAAUUUCAGAUUCUGAGUGAUCAUGUACACCAAUUAAUUUUGAAGUUGAAAGUAAUAGGUACACAAGAGGAGAUGGUGAUUACUUUUGUGUAUGCUAAGUGUACUCAGAGAGAUAAAAUGGACUUAUGGGAAUCUUUAGAAGACAUGGCACCGUAUAUUCAGCUUCCUUGGUUAAUAGGAGGUGAUUUCAAUACUAUUGUUUCAGAUGCUAAGAAAUAUGGUGGAUUGCCCGUCACAAUUUUUGAAAUUCAAGAUUUUAGGGCUUGUAUUCAAAAUUAUGGGAUGGCAGAUUUGGGCUUUAAGGGUAGUACUUAUACAUGGUGGAAUGGUCAGAGUGGAGAGUAUUGCAUAUUUAAAAGGUUGGAUAGAUGUACGGGAAUCAAGAUUUACAGGAAAAAUAUCCUGGAAUUGAGAUCAAUCAUUUGA